CAGAACUUAGUGUUGAAUGAUGAAUUAUACUUGAAAGCUUCUUGGAACUAGAUGUUGCUUUUAGUUUUGUUUUUAGGAAACCAUUAAGAAAUUAUUUAAAUUCAUAGAGAAUUAAAGCAUGUUUAGCAGCUACCUGAACUGUAUUUUCUGGAUGUUGAUGUUGAAUAUGACUAUUUUUGGAGUUGAUGUACUUUGAAAAUAGGUGAUGUCAGACCAGAGCCUUCAGGAUCAUUGGAAAAUGCUGCCUGGCCAUUAACAUGUGUAUAAAUUUGUGCAGGGUUCUCUUUCGUACUUGUGACCUAAAUAGCUGAAUCAGUUUUUACACAAGGAUUGAAGGAAAGGGGAAUAAAAUGAAAAACAAGCUAAAAAAAUACAACAAAAGUUCCAGAAAAAUACUCAGAAAUCUCCCAAGCCGAGAUGUGCUGUACUUGUAUAAGAAGGAUCAGAAAGCAGAGCUUGGGCACAUGACCUCAAGCUACUCAAUGCAAAUGAGGGAGAAUAUCCUCAGGUUUUUGGCACAAAGGGUUUCUUGCUGUUCGAAGCAUGCUAUCAGCUAAACCAGUUCUGGAUGCAGUGCAAACUUUGGCAGUAGAAGAAAUGGUUGGAUACUCUCUGAAGAUUGAAGGCGAUGAGGAACCAAAUGGGAAAUCUUUUAAAAGUUCUCACUUGCACAGAGCUUGAUCAGGGGCCAAAUUUUUUCCUUGACUUUGAAAAUGCACAGCCCACAGAUGGAGAAAGGGAGGUGUGGAAUCAGAUCAGUGCAGUUUUACAGGACUCGGAAAGUAUGCUUGCAGACCUUCAAGCUUACAAAGGAGCUGGACAAGAAAUCAGAGAUGCAAUACAAAAUCCCAAUGAUAUCCAGUUGCAAGAAAAAGCAUGGAACUCAGUCUGUCCUCUGGUUGUAAGGCUGAAGCGCUUUUAUGAGUUUUCACUCAGAUUAGAGAAAGCCCUGCAGAGCUUACUGGAAUCGUUGACCUGCCCUCCUUACACUCCAACUCAGCACCUGGAACGGGAACAGGCUCUAGCAAAAGAGUUUGCAGAAAUAUUACAUUUUACUCUUCGUUUUGAUGAACUUAAGAUGAGAAACCCAGCAAUCCAGAAUGACUUCAGUUAUUACAGACGGACAAUAAGUCGCAACAGAAUAAACAACAUGCAUCUAGACAUUGAGAAUGAAGUGAACAAUGAAAUGGCCAAUAGGAUGUCCCUAUUUUAUGCAGAAGCUACACCAAUGCUGAAGACACUCAGUAAUGCAACGACACAUUUUGUAUCAGAAAACAAAACAUUACCAAUUGAAAAUACAACGGACUGUCUAAGUACUAUGGCCAGUGUAUGUAAAGUCAUGUUGGAAACACCAGAGUAUAGGAGUAGAUUCACCAGUGAAGAGACUCUUAUGUUCUGCAUGCGAGUAAUGGUGGGAGUUAUUAUUCUGUACGAUCACGUUCAUCCUGUGGGAGCUUUCUCAAAGACAUCAAAGAUUGAUCUAGUGCAAUUCAUAUAUUAUUGUUCAAUAGUGGCAUGCUUCUGUUCCCAGAUGAAGGGAUGCAUAAAAGUUUUAAAGGAACAACCACCUGACACUGUGGAAGGACUUCUGAAUGCUCUCAGGUUCACUACAAAACACCUGAACGAUGAAUCUACUUCAAAACAAAUUCGAGCGAUGCUGCAGUAGUAUCCUGAGACAAGUAGAUGUUUGUAUUGAUCACAGAAGAUGUGUAUGUUUACAUAAUUUAAUACAGUUUGAUGUUAAUACUUGUGUGUAUUUACAUAACCAUUUUCUUCACAUUGCUAAAAUAUAUGAAUCUGUUCAUAACCUGACUGACUUUAUAUAGUGCAGCCUGUUUUUAUGCUAGGCUUUAUCUUCUGACCUUUAAAAUACUUUUUUACUUAGAUACUUCAGUUAUGACAGUUUGUCUGUGCAUUUUAAUCCCUAAACACCUUCUCUAUCACAGAAUUAAGUAGUAGUGAAAACAGAAUGGAAAUCAAAUAAACUGAAAUGUCAAAGGUACCACAGAAAAGGAGCUUUAAAAACAGAGAAAGUUAAUAGAAAGGAAAAUUCAUUGGAUAUAUUUUAAGAACAUGUCCGCAGUUUUUUGGUCAGUUUUAGGAUCUCGUCAAGCUACUAUGAAUAGGAAAAUACCUGAAUAUUCAUCACUCUCAUGAAACACAUUAUCUUUCCUGUAAUAAGUGGAGAUCCACCUAAUUUUAAGAAUUAUGUGCUGGCUGUCAUCCAAAAAUGUAUUGGAUGACAGCAAAGAGGUAGUUUUAUCUUUUCAAUUAGGUAUAACCUGUACCUUUCAACAAUUGAGGAAAUAAUUACCCUUUUUCAGAUUCAGUAUGAAUAAACAGAAAAUGUGUUUAAAGACCAUUGAUAGAUUUU